CUGCUUUUCAAAGUAGUUUCCCCCCCUCUUUUCUUCAUCAAGCAGGCUUCGGAGGAGUAUUUUUUUAAAAAAAAAUUGGUGCAAAGUUCAGAAGAAGCUCCUUUGAAGGAAGUGUUAGCUCCUCCUGCAGAGAAUGGCCGGAAGUCCCACUCCAUCUUGGGCUCUCAUCCCAUUUGGGCUGCUCUUCUUAGCCCAUGGAAUCCACUGCCUGUUAUUGCCCAACGCGACCCACCUGGAAAGCAUUCUGAGCCGAUACCAGGAUCAACAACGCCACUCGAGGACCAAGAGAGCCAUCUCCAGGUCAGACAAAGAGGAGAUUCUGAUGCUUCAUAACAAAUUAAGAGGCCAAGUCUACCCUUCAGCAUCCAACAUGGAGUACAUGACGUGGGAUGAUGAGCUGGAGAGAUCUGCCGAGUCCUGGGCCCAGGAGUGCAUUUGGGACCAUGGCCCUGCCACCCUCUUGAUGUCAAUUGGUCAAAACUUGGCAGUUCACUGGGGCAGGUACCGAUCUCCAGCGUUCCAUGUCCAGUCGUGGUAUGAUGAAGUUAAGGACUAUACAUACCCAUAUCCUCAUGAAUGCAAGCCAUGGUGCCCAGACAGAUGCUCGGGAGCUAUGUGUACGCACUACACACAGAUCGUUUGGGCCACCACCAAUAAGGUUGGCUGUGCUGUGAAUGUCUGCAAGAGGAUGAAUGUGUGGGGCGAGAUCUGGGAGAAUUCUGUCUACUUGGUCUGCAACUACUCCCCCAAGGGGAACUGGAUUGGAGAGGCGCCAUACAAAAAUGGAAGACCUUGCUCAGAAUGUCCGCCUAGUUACGGAGGACGGUGCCAAAAUAACCUGUGUUACAAAGAUGACCGUUUUGUACAAAAGCCGGAGGUGGAGGAGACCAACGAAGUGGAGACGUCCCAAGUGACAGAGAACAAACAUAUGUGGGUGCAAGAGAGGGUGACCGAACCCAGCAAGGAAAGGAAAUCACCCGCCACAACUUACAUGACACAAGCCAUCAAGUGUGACACCAAAAUGAGGGACAGAUGCAAAGGAUCCACCUGUAACAGAUACCUCUGUCCUGCCGGCUGCUUAAACAACAAAGCAAAAGUGUUUGGGACUUCCUUCUAUGAAAGCUCUUCCAGCAUAUGCCGGGCUGCCAUUCAUUCUGGAAUGUUGGAUAACAGAGGAGGCCUGGUAGAUAUCACCAGGAGGGGCAGGUCUGACUUUUUUGUGAAAUCAGCAAGAAACGGCAUUGAAUCUUUAAGUAAAUUCAAACCUUCCAAUUCCUUCAUUCUUUCAAAAGUCACAGUGCACACUCUUGACUGUUACACCACCGUGGCAGAGCUCUGCCCAUUCAAGAAGCCAGCCACGCACUGCCCGAGGUCCUAUUGUCCUGCUUACUGCAAAGAAGAACCCUCUUAUUGGGCGCCGGUGUACGGCACAAAUGUUUAUGCGGAUAAUUCCAGCAUCUGCAAAGCCGCUGUGCAUGCUGGAGUCCUUACCGAUGACGCUGGUGGUUAUGUAGAUGUGAUGCCAGUGGAUAAGAAGAAAUACUACAACGGUUCCCUGAAGAAUGGGAUCCAAUCAGAGAGCUUAAAGACUCCAAGAGAAGGAAAAGCAUUCCGAAUUUUUGCUGUGAAGCAGUAAAUUUCCAGAAAAAAGAAACCUUUUUUUGCUGGGAGGAAAAUGUUGCGGUAUUCUGGAGAGAUGGGACGAUCAAGAAUGGUGGUGUUUGUCUUGGAAUGUAGUAUGACAUCGCCCUGUUAGUCAAACUAUUCCUUCGGGGAAAAGCAGAACUAACGGUGGGGGAAUGCCUUUCGGACUUGAUUCACAACUUAUUGGCAUCAGCCCAGUCUUGAACUAUGUUUAAUUUUCAUCUAACAAUGGUUGUAGGUUCAGGUGAUGACACGUAUUGCUCAGCAUUUCUCCCUGAACCACUUUCGUUGCCCAAAGGUAGUUUUUUUACAUUUCAUUUAAUUGCCCGUUUAUUGAAGCACAUUUUUUUUUUGUUUAGAAAUUGGUGAUGUUACGUAGAAUAGCUACCAAGCUGAAUGGUGAUUUUGGAUGGCAACUUUGAGGCAGCUGCUUUAGAAAUUGAGUCCCCUUUAUAUUUUUUUCCAUUUUUUUUUAAUUGGCCAUUUGGGGAAAUCUAGAAUGGUCAACAGGACGAUAAAUUGGGUCUGAUAAGUGCAAUGUUGAAACCAAGUCUGGUAGACUGUUCUGUGCCAAUUGGAAAAGGCAGUGAACCUGCAAUACCUUUGGGGGCAGGUGAGAUGAAAAGGAAACAGCUGUGCAAAAGAACACCUUUUCUGGAAAUUGUGCAUUUCGAUACCAGAAACAGAAAAUCAAGGUAACUAGGUUUGCUGGCCAAACCAUAUCAGGAAGUUAGGAAGGUGGGUGGUUUACACUAGAGGUCAAAGAAUUACAACCCCUUUCUAGGCACAUUUUGAUGGAUAGAAUAUUAAGACAGCAUUGUUUUAUUUCCAAUUAAAUGCAAUUUAUUUUAUUCAGCAGUGCUGGUCAUAUCCUAUAUAAACAAUGCUCUCUAAAAGUUGAUCUUUAUUUUCCUAGAAAGUUAAGUAUCUUUACAAAGCACAUUUGCUUUGCCUUAUUUGUUUGUACAGAUUUGGGCUUUAUUAUUUACAUAUAUAUAUUAUCGAAAAGCCAGUUGGGCUGGAUUUCUUUUCUUAUAUGCAAUAUAUAUGUAGAUUACAUGCAGAUUCUAACUUGGUACCUAAUAAAUAGUGUCAAACAUUCAUCCAGUAAUUUCAGGGGGCUAGAUGUUAGGAAUUAACCAUUCAUAUAUUUUUUGCCUAAAACCUUUAUGUUUGACGAAAUCUAUAGCUGGAAUCCAAAGUGGACGCUUCCAUAUUCUGGUGAAAUUUUUGAUAUCUUUUCUUAAGCAUCUGACUUCCAAGCAUUGUCCAAAAGUGCCAUAGAUUAUAAUUUGAACAUGUAAUAUCUAUUUAUUUAAAGUGACCUUUUGCAAAGGUAAAAAUUUGCUUAACUCAAAUGCUUAAAUUGGUGCUCUGGAAUUUAAGGACUGUUCAUGAGCCAUGCUAAUCAACAGGUGCUAAUUGGGGUUGGGUCUCCUUCCGACCAAACCCUCUCCAGAAAUCAUCUGGAGAGAAUGAUUCAUGGUCCAAAUGUUUUCCAAACAUUAAGUUCUGGCGUGGUCAUCACAUUGACAUUGCCAUGGACACGAGUCUGGAGGGAUCUGCCUCCAUUAUCUUCACACCACAAGUGGGACUAUCUGUGGGCCCUCACAUCCAUUUAUGAAGGUUUGGUGUAAAGGUCUCUAAUAGAGAUGGGUAUGAUCCGGGGGGAAAUGAACCAUGUGGUUUGUGGUUCAUCAGAUUUCAUGAACCAUGAACUACGAACUUUUACGAACCUGCCCCCUGCCCCCGGAUCAUGAACCAGUUCGUUUGGUUCAUGAAAAUGUCACAUCCAGGUCAGAAAAUCAUCACUUCCAGGUCAGCAGAAGGUCUGCAGGAAGUCCAUCCCCUGUUGCCUAGGAAACUGAUUGAUUGGCACCAGGCUGUCUGCAGUAACGAACCAAAAAACGAAUCAAAGAAACCAGCCUAAAAUUCAUGGCAGUUCGUCAGAAAUGGCAUCUGAUGAACCUCUGGUUCGUCACAAAUUUUGGUUAGUAUUUUGGUUUGUGCCCAUCUCUAGUCUCUAAUCUGGAGAGCUGGGUUUGAUUCCCCACUCCUCCGCUGGAAGCCAGCUGGGUGACUUUGGGUCAGCCACAGCUCUCUCAGAGCUCUCUUGGACCCACCCACUUCACAGGGUGAUUGCGGUGAGGAUAAUAAUAAUAACACACUUAGUAAACUGUUCUGAACGAGCGUUAAGUUGUCCUGAAGGGUGGCAUAUAAAUCCAAUUUUGUUAUUAUUAUGUUAUUAUAAAGUGGCGAGGGAGAAAGGAAUCCAGUUUUGGAGAACCCCACCCAUGGUGAUGAAGGCCAUAAGCAAAGAGCUGAGGCCUAUAAUUUCUGGCACACCAUGAAGAGGUCAUUACAUACCUGUGCCCGAACUCCUCGAGGAUCCAGUUUAGAUUGAUUUCUGUUUGGAUCUAAUCCCCAGACUGGAAUGGAUUGAUGGGGAGGAGAAGAUGCCCCUCCCACGCCAAAUCAGAUGAGAAAUCUGGGUUUGGCAGAGUUUGCUGGCAACCCCAACAAAUAUGACUGAUUUAGGGUUGCCAGCCCCCAGGUUGGGAUAUUCCUGGAGAUUUGGAGGUGGACCCUGGGGAGGGGGGAGGGUUCCCAGCCUCCAGGAGGUGGCUGAAGAUCUCCUGGAAUUACAACUAAUCUCCAGAUGAGAGAGAUCUGCUCCUCUGGAGAAAAUGGCUGCUUUGGACGGUGGACUCUAUGGAAUUAUACCAUGCUGAGGUUCUUUCCCUCUCCAAACUCUGCCUUCCCCAGGCUUUACCCUCCAAAUCUCCAGGAAUUUCCCAACUUGGAGCUGGCAACCCUAGGAGAUGGGUAUUUGACGAGGGGAGGAUGUGUAAAGAGAAUAAAUUUGGAAGCAAAUAAUUCGGGGGCAUUGUCAAUUUACUGGUGGGCACAUCCAAAUCAGAAAAGAAUAAACAUUUCAACGUCUCAGUCCUCUGUUGGGGUUGCGUAGUGUGUUAAUCUGCAUUGGUCUUAUCUGUAGGCCACAAAAGCCUGCAGUUUUUGUAUAUUUGCUUUUUUUUCUAUGAAAAACGAUGUAUUUUUUACUUACUUCCUUUGUAAAAAAAAAAGUUUACUGUAAAUGGGAUUUGUUUUGCUUUUGCAUGAUCUUUUUAAUAGGCCAAGUUUCUGGCCUUCGAGCUGUUAUUUUAUUUUUCUUCCCCCUCAGCCAAAUAUCUAUACAACAAAAUAUUUUGGUUUCCUGCUAUUUUGUUUUAUGACUUAUUUGUGAAAAUAAAACUUCGAGAUGGAAUUUC